AUGAAGAAAUAUAUUCAAAUUGACAGUGGAGUUAAUUUCCUUGGAUUACAUACUGUUAAUAUAAAUGUUGAUCCAAAUGAAACAGAUGAAAUAGAAUUAAAAAACAGUUGUAUAGCAAUUUUGCUACAUUCUGAUUAUUCUAUGCAAUGUUCAGUAUAUAGUUAUAUCUUAAUACCAAAUGAAUUUACAUUACAAAAUUUAAUUACUCCAUUUUUGAAUGGUGGAGGAUGUAUGCAUUGUAGUGGACAAAUAAAUCAACACACCACAUCUAUAAUUUUUAAUAAUAUUAAACUUACAAUAACAACAGCAAUGACUUCGAAACCAGAAGAAUCAUUAAAACUAAUAAGAAUGAGAUGUUUAAAAUGUCAAAAAAGUUCUGAGGUAUGGACUUUAAGAGAAUCAAUAUAUUCUAUUUCAUUAAAUGAACUUUUACAUUCUUUGGCAACAACACAUUCAUUAGAACAUCCUAAAUUUCCAACAUUUCCAUGUAAAGAUUAUUUGUAUCAUAUUCUUGAAUUUACAGGAAAUGGAAUUGCACUUCAUUUCUCUUUAUCUUUAAUUCAACCAUUUUCUGUUCAAUCUCAAUUAAUUCCAGAUCAAAUUUCACAAAAACAACACGUUUUAUCUGAAAUAAUUGAAAUGAAUUGUCAUAUGACAAAAGAAUUAAUGAUUUUAAGAAAACAAAUUCCUAAAGUUCAAAAGUCAUUUGAAGCAAGAAAACAAUUAUAUUCUAAAUUAAAUCAAAUGGAAAACAUUUAUUUAGGUCAAUCAUUAUUACAAUUUACACCAUCUGAUUUAGUUAAAUUUCAAUUAAAUUUUUAUCAAGAAACUCUUGAAUUCUCUAAACAAUUUAAUAACCAAUUAGAUACUUCUAAAAAUAAAGAAUCUUUGCUUACUAAAAUAAAUGAAGAUAUAUCUAAAUCUUCUUUACCUCAAAUUACUGAUACUUCUCCUCAAAGAAAAAUUACAAAACCUCCUAGACUUUCUCUUAUUAAUAAUCAAUCAAUAGAAGAUAAUCAAUUAAUUUCUAUUACAUCUAUUCCUUUAGAAGAUGAAAAAUUAGUAUUAAAAUUAAUAUGGAAUGAUCAAUUAAUUGUAGAACAUAAUGAAACAUAUUUUCAACUAAAUCUAUCAACAUUACCAACUCUUUUUGCAUUUGCUUUAUCUACACAAUCAUAUAAAAAUUAUCUUAUUUCUAAUAAUCUUAGUUAUUCUUAUAAUGAAUUAAAUGAGUCAACAAUUAAACGUGUAUUAUCAUCAACAAUUAAACCACAUUUUGAUUUUAAAUAUACUACAAUAGUUGAUACUAUUCCAAUAACAAUUGAAGUUUCAUUGUGUUUUGCUUGUCAAUUCCAUCUUUUAAGGUUAUUGUAUUACAAAAAUUUAUCAAUUCCAAUAGAAAAUGCAUGUCAUAAUUUCUUUAGAAGUGUAGCUUAUAUAACUUCAAUAACAACACAAGGUGGUAAAUCAAAAAGUUUAUUCUUUAAAACAUUUGAUGAACAAUUCUUAUUUAAAGAAUUAAAACCACCAGAAUAUGAAGCAUUUUUAGAUGGUGGUGGAGUUGGAUAUUUUAAUUAUAUGUUAACUGUAGAACGUAAAACUGUUCUGGUAAGAAAUCUUGGAGUUUUUUCUUCAUUCAUUAAAAUUGGUAAUAACAAAAGUGAAAAAGUUAUAUUCCUUAUAAUGGAAAAUUUAUUUUAUGGAAAAGAACCUACAAAAACUUAUGACCUUAAAGGUACUCUUAAAAAAAGAACAUUAGAAGAUGAAGAACUAAAAGUUGGUUUAGAUGGUAAUUUUGUACAGUCAUUAUCAAGAAAACCAAUCAUUGUUAGUAAAGAAAUUAAACAAGAAUUAAUGUCAAUUAUUAAAAAUGAUACACAAAUGUUAUCAUCAUCUAAUGUAAUGGACUAUUCUUUAAUUGUUGGAUGUGAUGAAAAAGACAGAUUAUUAAGAGUUGGUAUUAUUGAUUUUAUACGAACAUACACAUGGGAUAAACAAUUAGAAAGUGUUGUUAAAAAAAUAGGAGCUUUAGGUCAAAAUCCAACAGUAAUAGAACCAGAGUUAUAUCGCAAAAGACUUCUUUCAUUUAUCAAUUCUGUGUUUAUGGUUAUGCCUGAUGAUUCAUUAUUAGAAUAA